AUGGACAAGAGAAGCAGCCAGUAUGAUUCCUUCCUGUUCUGGAGGCAACCCAUCCCGGCGUUGGAUAUGUCCGAGCUGCGAGACCUGGGUUUGCUCGACGCCGGAAAUGAGUCUGUCGGACCAGGCCGGCAAGAGGAAGAGCUGAGCGAGUUCUCCUCAUUCAACUAUUGGAGGGAGCCCAUCGCUGACGUGGAUGCACUCCUCGCCGACCUCAACCUGCUACUCUGA